AUGUCUCAUUCUUCUCUUCUCACCCCUUCCUCUUCUCUUCUUUCUCCUAUCCCCUCUUCUUCUUCUUCUCCUCACUCUCACAGUUCUUCUCUUCUCUCCGGUAUGAUUUGCAGGAAAUUGAGGAAAUCUGUGGAAUUUAGAAAGACUACUCUAAAAUCUCCUGUGAAAGCUGUUUAUAAGGAUGAAUUUUGGGGACCUCAGAGGAGUUUGCGUAAGGGUAUUUGGUCCAUAAGGGAGGAUUUGGAUGUCCCGUCUUCGCCUGUCUAUGCUCAAGGACAAGGGCCUCCUCCAAUGGUUCAGGAGCGUUUCCAGAGUGUUAUAAGCCAGCUUUUCCAAUAUAGAAUAAUCCGUUGUGGUGGAGCGGUUGAUGAUGAUAUGGCGAAUAUCAUAGUUUCUCAGCUCCUUUAUCUUGAUGCUGUUAAUCCAAAUAAGGAUAUUGUCAUGUAUAUAAACUCUCCGGGAGGAUCGGUUACAGCUGGUAUGGCAAUAUUUGAUAUAAUUAGGCAUAUCAGACCUGAUGUGUCCACAGUUUGUGUUGGACUGGCGGCUAGUAUGGGAGCUUUUCUGCUUAGUGCUGGGACCAAAGGAAAAAGAUUCAGCUUGCCAAAUUCAAGGAUAAUGAUUCAUCAACCGCUUGGUGGUAUUCAAGGAGGGCAAAUUGACGUAAAUAUUCAGGCAAACGAAAUGCUGCAUCACAAGGCAAACCUGAAUGGAUAUCUGGCCUAUCACACUGGUCAAAGUCUAGACAAAAUUAACCAGGAUACUGACCGUGAUUAUUUUAUGAGUGCAAAAGAAGCUAAAGAGUAUGGACUCAUUGAUGGUGUCAUUAUGAAUCCUCUCAAAGCUCUCCAGCCUUUGGCAGCUGCAGAAGAGGGUAACGAUCGGGCUAUUGUUUGA